AUGGAAGGCCGUGGCAGGCCAAGCUACUUCAACAUCGGUGAUGUGCCAGGAAAGGGAGCAGCAAAGGAUCACGCGAAUGCUUUGACCUUCGGAGACAAGGGAAAGGGCAAGAAGGGUGACAAAGGAAAGGAAGAAAAAGGAAAAGGAAAGGACAAAGGAAAGGACAACAAGAAAGGGAAUGAGAAAGGAAAGGAAGAAAAAGGGAAAGGUGGAAAGGACAAAGGCAAGGACAAGGGGAAGACUGCAGCCGCAAAGGACGGCAAGCAAGGUUCUGGAAAUGACAAGGACAAGGAGAAGGAGAAAGCAGAGCGCUUGAAGAACGUCAAGUGUUACAACUGUGACCAGUUCGGGCACUACUCGAAUAAGUGUCCCAAGCCCAAGAGGGAAAGAGCAUCAGCAGCUGCUUUGCUUGAGCCGCAGGUCGCGGCUGCCUCUUUGGAGCCUCAGAUUUUCGCAGCUGCGGUUGAUCUGAGUUGUCCGGUUGUUGAGCUUGAUGAGGAUGAUUGCUCGGAUUUUUCCCAGGAGGAUUGGGAGGAGUUCGUUGCAUCUUAUGAGUGUGCUUGGUCGGAGCCUGUUGUGCUUGAAGGCGGUGAGCCUGUUGCGCUUGAGGGUUCCAUGUUGCAUGUUGCGCUUGAGAAUUUUCCUUGUGACAACCCAAACAGAGCCACAGUUGAGCUUGCAGAGUCCCGCGGUGUCCCAAACAGAACCACAGUCGAGCUUGCAGAGUCCCACCAGGUCCCAGACAGAACCACAGUCGAGCUUGCAGAGUCCACAGAGUUGAGCUUGGAAGCAGGUCGUUUUGUUGCAGAUUUUCAAAAUGUCGUUGAGCAUGACAUGUUGCAUGUGGUAGGUAGAUCUGACCAUGGCAUGGUAGCGCACGAGACAGCAGCAGCCAGCCAGCAGCAUGACACCAUGGAUUGGUGGCUCGUUGACUCCGGCGCGUCGGCCCACAUCAUCAACGAGGACACUUUGAGCCGGGUGCACGUUGUGAGCCACAGUGAGUCUGCCAGUGAGUGUGUUUCUGCAACGGGUGACAGCAUUGGAGUUCGGAGGUCUGCGGUUGUCAGGGUUCCAUUCGUUUUGGUUUCGGGCGAGACGGUGGUAACAGAACUCCAAGUGCUUGUUGCUCCUGUGAAGUUUAACCUGCUGUCCUUAGGGCGUUUGCUGGGCAAGAGCUGGGUUGUGGAUUUCCUGCCAAGUUUUAAAGUUGAGGCCGCUGGGUACGUUCUUCGCACGAGAUGGGUCUCCAAUUGCGGAUGGGUUUUCUCGAGUGCUGUUGAGCUUGACCUUUCCGUUGCAGUUGCCGCCCGAGCGAGCUUGAAGCGUAGUGACGGCUGUGAGUCCUCCUCCGACUCGGAGCAGGAGUGGCGCCUUUCGGGUCGCCGCCACCUGGCGGAGCAGCACGCGGCGACUGUUACGAGGACUCACGAGGAUUUCGAGGGAUCCACGAUCGCCUUUACGGCAACCUCGAUGGUGGGUCUUACGCCGGGCCAGAACCUGCUUUUGGUGCCAGCCGCGGAAGUGAAGAAGAAGACGGCAGAGCAGGCAAAGGCAGCUGCGAAAGCAGCGGCGGAGAAGUUCGUGAAGGAGCGCCAGGAGAGCGCCCAGUGGGCCAAGGAAGCAGAGGAAGCAAAGAAGAAGAGAGCCGCCAAGGCCGAGGCAAAGAAGAAAGCAGCCACAGAGGCCGAGGAGGCAGAGAAGAAAGCAGCCACAGAGGCCGCGGAGACAGAGAAGAAAGCAGCCACAGAGGCCACGGAGGCAGAGAAGAAGGCAGCCACAGAGGCCGUGGAGGCAGAGAAGAAGGCAGCCACAGAGGCCAAGAAGAGGGUCGCCGAAGCGAUCGGGGUCCCAGAGGUCAAGAAGCCCAAGGGCAGUGUGGCCAGAGCAAAGGCGGAGCCGUCUUCGGGGUCAAAGGACCCACCACAGCCACUGGUGAAGAGGCAGCCCAAGCCGCCCGUGGUGAAGGCAAUGCCAGCCAAGGUCCGGAAGAUCGUCUUGAAGAGCCGGGCCCAGCGCGGAAUCCCCGGGCAGACGGAGACUGCGCUGAGAAUGCUUUCGCAGCGAGCCAAGGAAAAGAAGAAGCAGGGCUACCUCAUGAAGGCCAUCAACAACGCCAUGAAGAAGAAGGCCGAGGAGCACAAGGGGCCUCCGGUGCGGAGGACAUUGGAAAGACACGUCAAGGACCACUUCGCGCAAAUCAAAGGCCUGGAAGUUCCUUUCGUGGAGGUCACGGUUUCAGAAGUCAUCAAGGAACCCCCAGGACCACCAGGAUCGCCGAUGGUACCGCAACCGAGAACACCACCCGCACGAGCCAAGGUGGAGGCCGCGCGUGCAGUGAAGGUGCCACAGCUGAAGGUGGAAGGAGGCAUGGAGAUCAAUCCCCCACCACCGGUACCGCCGCGGAGGAGGCUUCCCACGCCACCGAGAGACCCGAGGUCAGCCGGACGAGGGGCCUCUGCGCCCUCAGAGUGGUCUCCUGUGUCCAGUCUGCCGCCAUGGUCACCAGUGUCCAGUGUGCCGGUGGAUACAAGGGCCAGGGAAACCCCAGCAGAGAGGAGAGCCGAGGAGUUGCACAUCGGGGACGACGGCAAGAUCUACAACUCGCGGGGCGAGGUGGUGGAGCUCGAGAGCAUCGAGAUAGACGCCCACCAUCCAGGAAUAUCCGAUGGUCCUUCUUCCUUGGGACUCUCGCUUCUGAUGCAAGAAAAGGUUGCGUUUGCAUGUGAGCAUGAUGUUGCCGUUGAGCUUGGUGAGCAUGCAUGUGUUGGUGGUUUGGGUGAGCAUGAUUUGCAGCAUGGUGAGUUGCUUGAGCAUGUUGGCCAGGACCGACCACAGCGUGACCGGAGCGAGGCCCAUGAUAGCCAGAGUGAAGCAUGGUUGCUUAGAGGGGAUCGGGAACUGUUGUUGCAGGAGAGUUGGGGUAAGCUAGAGCGAGAACAUGUUCUUAGAUCGCAUGUACCGUACAAUGCGUCUUGCCCGCAGUGCGUGCAAGGUCGUGGGCUUGAACCCGCCAGAAGCCAGGAUCGGCCCCAGGACUCAGGGAUGAGAGAGGUGCAGAUAGAUAAGUUUUUCUACAAGGGCCUCGCCUUCCUGGUGUUGGUUUUGGUUGGUGCUUUUGCCCUCGGUGUGGUUCCGUAUCGUGAGGUGAGCGGAUCCCGAGGCCCAGCAGCCAAGGAAGCCAUGUUGAGUGACAUGUCGGCAUGGAGUCGUAGCGUUGGCUUGGUUGGAGUUGCUCCCAGUGAGUUGACGGUGAGUGUGAAGUCGGACAUUGAGGGUGUUGUGAAGAACCUUGCGCAAAGUUUUGCUGAUGGUUUGACCGCUGGUGCCAUCGAGGUUGUGGAUGCCCCUGUUGGUCGCCAUGCUGUUGUUGCAGAGCGUGCGGUUAGGACCAUCAAGGAAGGUGCAAACACACUGUGUGCUGGGUUGGAACAGGUCGGUUUGGAGCCUUGCGGGAAGGGUGUUACGUAUCUUUUGAUGCAUGUUGCCCAGGUCUACAACCGGUCUCCCUCUUUGCGUGAUAAAAUCACCGGCCGUUACGGCCACGCCGCCUACCUUGGACCAGAGGUCGGAAGUGGAAGCCACAUUGUGCAGUUUAGGCUGCGGGAUGGCACUUUGAAGAUUGCGAGAAGCGCAAGAAUCCGGAUGUUGGUUCCUCUCACUUUUGAGGUGUCGAGCUUGAAAGGUGUUUGUCGCAUGUUGCCCGGAAGAGAGGAUGAUUCCCAGAAGAAGCUCCCCGAGAGCAGUGGUGACAAUGUGCGCGACCUCCCGUUGCCGAACACCGCAACCCGAGGACCACCACCAGAGUGGAUUGAAGAAAACGGGAGAACCCCAAGGUGCCGAGCUUGCCGGCUGCGCGGUUUUCCAGCAGAUAAGGCCUGGCACACCCAGAAGUGCCGUGAUCGAUACGCUGAGUUUGUGAGAAACUCUUUCGACCCCAGCCGGGCAAUCCUCGAUCAGGCCCCAAUUGAAGAAGAAGUGACCGGGCGUGAUGAUUUGGGUGCUGGAUUUGGUGUUGAUCUUGGGCUUGAGGUGCCGGAUGAUCUUGAUCCGUUCCCGAAUUUUCCAUUGGACGAGGAUUUGGCUGAGUAUGAGCCCAGUCUGCCUGGAGUUGAGAAUGAAGUAGAGCUUGGAGAAGAACUCGAGCAGAUCGAGGCCCCGAGCCCAGGCGAACUUGAUUUCAUGCAAGUUGAUCCUGAACCUCUUGAGGCACUCCCUGAAGAAGAACGGGAGGCCAUGGUGUCCACUAUGAUGUACCGAGAGUCCAUCUCCUUUGCUGGUGCGUCGGUUUGUUUUGCGGGAGCCGCCACCAAGGUUGACUUAAACUGGGUGAAUGUGCUUACUGUGAGUGAGCGUGAUGAUGGUGCCAGUGCACAGACCUUGCUUGAGCUCAAAGCCAUCUUUGCUGAGCAGAUCAAGAAGAAGGGUUUUGUCUUCUUGUGGGCUAGUACCCCGUGCACAGGAGGCUGCCCGUAUCAGAGGCUGCGUGCCCGUGAUCCAGCUUAUCGCCGAGGGCGGUUGGCUCAGCACUGGAGGCUUCAUCGGAAGCUCUGGAGAAGCUUGGUCGAGCUUACUAGCUUUGUGCAUGCUUGGGCCAUUGAGUGGCCGCGUGCUUGUGCUUACUGGUCUUGGCGCCAGACUGAGCAUUUUCUUUCCUCACGCCCCUACGUUUUGCACGACGUUCCAGUUGAUGGUUGUGCGCUUGAUAUGCGGGGCCGCGAUCAUCUUCUGAUCGCCAAGCGAUGGCGUGUUGUUACCACACACCCAGCAGUCGCUGAGAGCAUUCGUGUCUAUCGUUGCUCUGGGAAGCAUGAGCACUCGAAGGACUUCGACCUCAAGAAUACACAGCACUACCCGGUAGAGCUUGUAAAGUCCUUCUUCGAAGCGUUGCGCUCUUGA